AUGUACUCCACAAAAAGCGAGGGACCGCGCCGAGGAAGAUCUUUUGACUCAAUGAACAUUGGCUUGUCUUUGGAGGAGAAGCAGCUCAAUAAUGAGAUGAACAAAUCUGCUUUCCCUAAGAUCGAGGAGAAUAAAGACAACAAAAGCGCCUCCACUGAGCGGGGUCGUGCCGCUAUAGUAUUCUCACUGAAGAAUGAAGUUGGGGGACUCGUCAAGGCGCUGAAACUCUUCCAGGAAAAUCACGUUAACCUCGUGCACAUCGAAUCCAGAAAAUCGCGGAGGCGCAACUCGGAGUUCGAAAUCUUCGUGGACUGCGACAGUAACCACGAGCAGCUCAACGAGAUCAUUCAGCUUCUCCGAAAACACGUCAACAUAGUGGAGAUGGACGCGCCAGACAACCGUUUACCGGAAGAAGACAUGGACAAUGUGCCGUGGUUUCCCAAGAAGAUCUCUGACCUGGAUAAAUGCGCUAACCGUGUCCUCAUGUACGGAUCAGACCUGGAUGCAGACCACCCGGGCUUCAAGGACAAUGUCUACCGCAAACGAAGAAAGUAUUUUGCAGAUCUGGCCAUGAGUUACAAACAUGGAGACCCCAUCCCCCGUAUUGAGUUUACAGAGGAGGAGGUGAAGACUUGGGGCGUGGUGUUUAGGGAGCUGAAUAAGCUAUAUCCGACCCACGCCUGUCGAGAGUACCUGAAGAAUUUACCUCUGCUAAUCAAACACUGCGAGUGUCGGGAGGACAAUAUUCCCCAGCUGGAGGAUGUCUCACGCUUCCUCAGAGAGCGCACAGGCUUCACCAUUAGGCCAGUGGCAGGAUAUCUUUCUCCCAGAGACUUCCUGGCUGGGCUGGCAUUCCGUGUGUUCCACUGCACGCAGUAUGUCCGACACAGCUCCGACCCACUCUACACACCCGAACCUGAUACUUGUCAUGAGUUACUGGGGCACGUGCCACUGUUGGCCGAGCCGAGUUUUGCCCAGUUCUCCCAGGAGAUCGGCCUUGCUUCACUGGGAGCCUCCGACGAUGCUGUCCAGAAACUAGCCACUUGCUAUUUCUUCACUGUGGAGUUUGGCUUAUGCAAACAGGAGGGGAAACUAAGAGCAUACGGGGCAGGACUCUUGUCCUCCAUUAGUGAGCUAAAGCAUGCACUGUCAGGGAAUGCCCGGAUCAUGCCCUUUGACCCCAAGGUCACAUGCAAACAGGAAUGCAUCAUCACCACAUUCCAGGAUGUCUACUUUGUGUCGGACAGCUUUGAGGAGGCCAAGGUUAAGAUGAGGGAGUUUGCUAAGACCAUAAAGCGGCCGUUCUCUGUGCGUUACAACCCGUACACGCAGAGCGUGGACGUGCUAAAAGACACAACCAGCAUCAACAGCGUGGUCGAGGAGCUUCGUCACGAACUGGACAUCGUAGGAGACGCCCUGAGCAGGCUCAACAAACACCUGGGAGUCUGA